UCCUUAAUAUCAGUUCAACCAGAUAAACGAAACUGAAAUCGAAACUUUCUAUAAAAUCACACGAAUUAUGGAAAAAUAAUUCAUUUACUACAAUGUUUACCGCAAAUAAGUUAGUGUUCUUUGUCGCUCUCAUCGCAUCAGUGAUUGCGUUGCCAUCCCCGGCGAGCAACGUUGAGACACGUGUGAUUGGUGGUGUUGGAGCUCGCCGAUCCGAAUUCCCACAUAUUUGCUCGAUUCAAUCGUUCCUACCAAUCAUUGGAGCUCAACAUAUUGGCGGAGCAAGCAUUGUCACCAACAGAUAUGUGGUAACAGCUGCAUCUUUAAUCGAUCCACCACCAUUACCAAUUAUUGGUAGACGUGAAGUCGUUUGUGGUCGACUGAAUUUGGGACUUCCAAAUGAGAUGAAUGAACAACGUGUUCAGUUCAAUACCAUAUUUUUACAUCCCGACUACCUACGAACCAGUGACAGUCCCAACGAUAUUGCAAUGAUUCAAUUGGUGUCACAACUUUUUUUCACUGAUUUUGUGCAACCGAUCAAUUUACCACCACAAGGCGCUGUAGCACCAACAGGCAUUCUUUCAUUGAUUGGCUGGGCCGGUACAGACGAAUCUUGGUUGGGACAAAACUUAGGAACCUUGCAAUUGUCUAGAGUGGCUGCUUUGCCGCAAGCAACAUGUGCCUCAUUGAUUUCUACAGCAAACAAUGUAACAAACACACAUUUCUGCACUGGUCCAUUAACCGGCGGCCUUUCACCUUGCGCUGAGGACCUUGGCAGCUCAUUGCUCAGUAGAAAUGCCACCAAUCAUCACUUCCUAGCUGGAAUUGUGUCAUUGAACCAAGCAUGUGGUGCGACUGGACGUCCUGGAUCUUACACCAUAGUUUCAAUGUACAUCAAUUGGAUCAACCAAAUAAUAUUGAUUUAAGGUGCAGACAAAAAGUAAAUAAAAUCAAGUCCAUCCCA